UCACACCAAGGCCUGUUCUACGCAGGAACAACAUGCUGGCUGAAGUGGUGGAGAAACUGAAGAAAACUGAACUCCAAGCUGCUUCUGCUCACUGUUACGCUGGACCUGGAGAUGUGGAGUGUGAUUCCUGCACCGGGAGAAAACACAAAGCUGUUAAGUCCUGUCUUGUUUGUUUGGCCUCCUUUUGUGAAGAUCAUCUUAAACCUCACUAUCAGUCUCCUGCCUUUAAGAAGCACAAGUUAGUUGAAGCCUGUGCAGAGCUCCAAGAGAAGAUCUGCUCUGAACAUGACAAACUGAUGGAGAUCUACUGUCGUACUGACCAAAGCUUCAUCUGUUACUUGUGUACGAUGAAAAAACACAAAGGUCAUGAUACAGUUUCAACUGAAACAGAAAGAACUAAAAAACAGAAUGAGUUAAAGGAGGAUCAGAUAAAAUCCCAGCAGAAGAUCAAGGAGAAGCAGAAGAAGGUGCAGGAGCUGAAACAAACUGUGGAUAUUAUUAAGACAUGUUCACAGGCAGCAGUAGAUGACAGUGAGAGGAUCUUUACUGAGCUGAUCAGCUCCAUGGAGAAAAAGCGCUCGGAGGUGACGGAGCUGAUCAGAGCUCAGGAGAAAGCUGAAGUGAGUCGAGCUGAACGACUCCUGAAUCAACUGGAGAAGGAGAUUGCUGAUCUUAAGAGGAGAGUCACUGAGCUGGAGCAGCUUUCACACACACACGAUGACAUCCACUUCCUCCAGGUAACACUCACUGUCUGAUCUACAGAGGGCGCU